UUGAGGGCUGGAAUAGAAGUGACGUGCAGAAUAUUCAUGCUGUCAGCUCAGCCUGUUUGUGCAUAUGCUGAGUGUGGCAUAUUUAACUGCAGGUUAGCUUGGGAGCUUGUAAGCUUUGAGGUUUCAGGAUUUUUUUUAGUGUUAGAUAGCAAAAUAUUAAAAUAAAAAUAUUAAAAUAGCAAACAGGUUUUACACUUAAAAUCUGUCACUCAGUCUUUCUGCCAUUUUACAUCGCCGUGCAAUUCUUGUGGGAUAGCUGGUACUGUGCCAAGUUAAACUUGAUUUCUGCUUUGGUUUGAAGCAAGAAAGGAUGAGGAUUGUGGACUUGAAAGGAAAUGUGCAGGGAUAGAAUCCCUAAUAAUUGUCAGAAUUCUGCAUUCAGAGGAGUAAUUAAAUCUCACAGUGCACCAUUGCCAGGAGCUCAGCUUACAGUAAUGUGCAAACCUGGUAGAAAAAGGGAAUGGCCACAGAAUUUCUCUUCUUUUUUUUUUUUCUUUCUCUUUUUUUCUUUUUUCUUUUUUUUUUUCCUUUUACUUUGUUGGGUAGAAGAGGAAACAAGGAACACAUUUUGACAAAGAAGGACCUGAUCUGGGGAGGUGGCCAAUACUAAGGCGAUGUCUGUAUACUUUAAAUAGCACAUUCUCUUUCUGCCUGCUUUUAUGUGGAUGCUGGGGUUUUUAUUCUGCUGCUUUAAGUUACUUUGGCUAUUUCUGUCUGAACCAAACUGUGUUUUUUCCCCUCUUUCGGUAGCUGCUUCAUGACAGAAUAAAAACUGGAUGUGAGUUGUGCAUUGGGAAGUGAUUGAUGUGUGCUUGUGCAGCUUGUAGCACUAUGAGAAAGACAGGUGCAGCUGCUGAUGAUGUUUACUAGAAGUAGAUUGAAAAAGCAAGAAAAUGAAAUUGUGCUUCACAGACAACCUGUUGUAAAACUGUGGGGCAGGAAGCAAUUCCGGAAACAAAAAUUCCACUUCUUUCGGCGGGACAAAAUGAAGAGGCUUCUUCAAGGCCAGGUAGAUGAGAAUCCAAACCAUGCUCAUCACUGCCAGCUCUCCCCGGUGGAGAUUGAAACGGACAUGUUUGUUUGUGGAGUAAAGAGGAGCUCUGCGAGCACUGAAUUUUCCACUGCUGGAGGGGACUUUCAUCAGGAUGGAGGAGGUGACUCCAAAGGAGUGAGUGAAGUGUGUGUUGGUGAGGUGGAACUGAACUGGGAUGGCUAUGUAAAAAUACCAUGCUCGAUACAACAGAACAAGAAGGAUUUGCAAGGAAAUUCUUCUGAUGGUACAAUGCAGACCUCUUCUGAAAGAAAGGGCAGAGUGUCUGAGGGGCAGGACCUUUCUUCCCUGAGCAUUACCACGAGCUGGAGGGAGGUAGCUGAAAGGCAAGGGUGCUUUCCCCAGGAAAAACCAACUGCAUACAAGAGUCGUAGAAGGCAAUCAAGAGAUCGUUCAGCUGAUGUGGUUGAUUACAUUGUUAAAGAGCUCCAGGGAAUAAGUCGCAUCCAGACAGAGAUUGCAGAGCUCCGGCAGCACCUCAACUUGAUAAAAGGCUCUGUGGAUGAAGUCUCCACCUGCGUGGAUACGGUCUUGAGUGAGAUAGAAGGCCUGCAGGGUGGUUCCACUGGCAAACCCCAGGGUACACAUGCUCGAGAGCCAAGUAGGGAGGUACGCAAGGAGGAACCAGUAUUAUAUUUUUAUGGCAUCCCAGAAAAAGAGGGUGAAAACACAGUUGAGCUUAUCUGCAGCUUCUUGUCUGAAUAUCACUGUUUCAAUGGUAUCCAGUGCAGUAAGUAUAUAAAAGAUGCGUAUAGAUCAGAUAUUGGUACAGGGAAGCCAUUAACGCCAAGACCAGCAGUUGUGAAACUUGUCAAUUGUGAACAGAGAGACUUUAUUUUACAGAAAUCUAUCCUUCUGCAAAGCUCAGGGGUCCGGAUUGCUACCAGUGAAGACCAAAAGUGGCAGAAUGGCCAGAGGGGCCGCAAGACGGAUUCGGUCUCGUCUCAGUCUGGCUUCAAAAAAAAUCAUCACAACUCAGUGAAUCCUGAUGCAGCUCAGAGAACUGAUACAGCUGGGCACCUUCAAACAGACUCAUGCCAGGUUAAGUAUAAAGGCACGAGCAGGAAAACACAGUGCGUAGGGGAGAGACUUGAUUCUGUGCAGAAGUCAACCUUGACUAAGAAAAGCAACCUGAUACCUGAAACUGGGAAGGAAGCACAAACAGUAAGCUGCAGUGAUCAGCCUUCAGAUGAUGGUGACAUUCACCAGGCCCUUCAUAAACCUCUACAAAAUCCUCAGGUGACCAAUUUGGCCAAAACGAGUGAUGGAAAUUACUGCUGCUCAUCUGAAUCUUUGGGCCAUGCAAGCCAGAUGUGUGCUUCAAGCAAUGGUAGUGAGCACAGGCUUCACACUGAAAGCAUCACUGAGAAUUGUUCUUCCCUUCUAGAUAAAGAUGAGGGGAUAACUGCAGAAGAAAUUGAAAUAGACUGUGAUACCCCAUGCAAAUUUACCAGUGUGGAGAAAGUUGAUAUUCAAAGAGAAGAUGUUUCUAGUGGGGUGACAACUGUUAGCUAUGAUCAUACAACAGAUGACAUGGCUGAUAGUAGUGACAGCUUGAAAGAUAUGAUCCAAAUGGACCUGAAUGAUCAAGAUCCAACUGAUCAGGUCUUUAGGGAUGUUCUGGAAAAUUCCCAGUAUUUCCUUGACCAUUCCCGGGAUAACAUUGAUCUUGUAGACAUGAAGUUUUACACUAAUAAGCUUGGGAAAGCUAUUAAUCACUUCAAGUCUGCUCUGCAGGUGGUUUUUCACAAACUGGAUACAAGUGAUUCUGAAAUCCUUUUGGAAAAUGAUAGUGGUUUACAGAUGGAUGAUGACAAUACACUUAUGCUGACCAGCUCAGGUAUGUGUGGCAGCUCUGACAACUUUGCAGAAACCCCUCCUAGUCAGUCCUCCGAGAGCCAGGCAAACACAACUGUCACCAGUGAAGCAUCCGCUCAGGUGCAGUUUGUCCCUUCCAGUCUUUCCUCUGUUCCACAUGAGCCUCCUCUUUCCAGUUUGAUGCCAUCAUCUGACUGUGAAAUCCCUGCUGGGCAGUGCUCACCUCCUGAGGAGCCUGGAGGAGAUGUGAACUCUCUGCCUGAACAAGCAAAGGAGUGCAGACCCAUGAGCCUUGACAAGGUGUGCGCAGAGACCAUCUACCUGAACAAAUGCAUCAACAAUUUCAAAAACGUGCUGAGGGAAAAGAGACAAAUGCGUAGGAGGCUCUUAAAAGAAUUAGCACAGGAAGGAAACUGGAUUUCUGCUGAGGAGACAAAUUCAGAAGGGGGUAGAGGAGAGCUCCAGGGUCAAGAUGAGGCUGAUCCAUCAAAACCACCCUGGCUCAAAGGAGGGCCUGCAGGUGGUCUAUAUGGCAUUGAUAGCAUGCCCGAUUUACGCAAAAAAAAGCCAAUUCCACUUGUCAGUGAUCUGUCACUGGUUCAGUCCCGGAAAGCCGGAAUUACCUCAGCAAUGGCCACUAGAACAUCUCUCAAAGAUGAAGAGCUGAAAGCUCAUGUCUAUAAGAAGACCUUGCAAGCCUUAAUUUACCCCAUCUCUUGUACAACCCCACACAACUUUGAAGUGUGGACAGCCACAACUCCUACCUACUGCUACGAGUGUGAGGGGCUGCUGUGGGGUAUUGCACGGCAGGGAAUGCGCUGCGGUGAAUGUGGAGUCAAGUGCCAUGAGAAGUGCCAAGACUUGCUCAAUGCUGACUGCUUACAGAGAGCAGCAGAGAAGAGCUCAAAGCAUGGAGCUGAAGACCGAACCCAGAAUUUCAUCAUGGCCAUGAAGGAUCGCAUGAAAAUCCGGGAGCGGAACAAGCCAGAGAUCUUUGACUUGAUCAGAGAUGUGUUCUGUGAGAGCAAAUUGACACAUGCUCAGCAAAUGAAGACAGUGAAGCAGAGCGUGCUUGAUGGCACCUCAAAAUGGUCAGCAAAGAUCACAAUCACAGUGGUAUGUGCUCAGGGUCUGCAGGCCAAAGACAAGACUGGGUCCAGCGAUCCAUACGUAACCGUUCAAGUUGGUAAAACAAAGAAGAGGACAAAAACAAUUUUUGGGAAUCUGAACCCCAUUUGGGAAGAGAAGUUUUACUUUGAGUGCCAUAAUUCUUCUGACCGGAUCAAGGUGCGAGUAUGGGAUGAAGAUGAUGACAUUAAGUCUCGCGUCAAGCAGAGGCUGAAACGCGAGUCGGAUGAUUUCCUGGGGCAGACAAUCAUUGAAGUCCGUACCCUGAGCGGAGAAAUGGAUGUGUGGUACAACCUUGAGAAGCGAACAGAUAAGUCUGCUGUGUCUGGGGCUAUUCGCCUGCAAAUCAGUGUGGAGAUCAAAGGCGAGGAGAAGGUGGCUCCUUAUCAUAUUCAGUACACUUGCCUUCAUGAGAACCUCUUUCACCAUCUCACAGAUGUGCAAGGGAAUGGGGUGGUGAAGAUCCCUGAUGCCAAAGGAGAUGAUGCCUGGAAGGUGUAUUUUGAUGAGACAGCUCAAGAGAUCGUGGAUGAAUUUGCAAUGCGUUACGGCAUUGAAUCAAUAUACCAGGCCAUGACGCAUUUUGCAUGUCUCUCCUCUAAAUACAUGUGCCCAGGCGUGCCAGCUGUGAUGAGCACCUUACUUGCCAAUAUCAAUGCUUAUUAUGCACACACAACUGCCUCCACAAAUGUGUCUGCUUCGGACCGCUUUGCAGCCUCCAAUUUUGGGAAAGAACGAUUUGUGAAGCUUCUGGACCAGCUUCAUAAUUCACUUCGGAUUGAUCUCUCAAUGUACAGGAAUAACUUCCCAGCCAGCAGCCGCGAACGGCUGCAGGACCUGAAGUCUACAGUGGAUUUGCUGACUAGCAUCACUUUUUUCAGGAUGAAGGUCCAAGAGCUGCAGAGUCCACCCCGAGCCAGCCAGGUAGUAAAGGACUGUGUAAAAGCUUGCCUCAACUCCACCUAUGAGUACAUUUUCAACAAUUGUCAUGAGCUGUACAGUCGCGAGUACCAGACAGAUCCUAACAAAAAUCAGGACCUUCCUCCUGAGGAACAGGGCCCCAGCAUAAAGAAUCUGGAUUUCUGGCCCAAGCUCAUUACUUUGAUAGUUUCCAUCAUAGAAGAGGACAAGAAUUCUUACACCCCAGUCCUGAAUCAAUUUCCUCAAGAGCUGGCUGUUGGGAAGAUCAGCGCGGAGGUAAUGUGGAGUCUUUUUGCCCAAGAUAUGAAAUACGCCAUGGAAGAGCAUGAGAAACACAGAAUGUGUAAAAGUGCAGACUAUAUGAAUUUACACUUCAAAGUGAAGUGGCUGUACAAUGAAUAUGUUCGUGAUCUGCCUGCCUUCAAGGGAAAAGUGCCUGAAUAUCCAGCGUGGUUUGAGCAGUUUGUGAUGCAGUGGCUGGAUGAAAAUGAAGAUGUUUCCUUAGAAUUCCUGCACGGUGCUCUGGAGAGAGAUAAAAAAGAUGGGUUCCAGCAAACAUCCGAGCAUGCUCUGUUCUCUUGCUCAGUGGUGGACGUCUUCACCCAGCUCAACCAGAGUUUUGAGAUCAUUAAGAAGCUGGAGUGCCCUGACCCGAUGAUUGUUGCUCAUUAUAAUAGGAGGUUCGCUAAGACUAUUGGGAAAGUAUUGAUGCAGUAUGCUGACAUCGUCUCCAAGAGCUUCCAGUCUUACUGUUCCAAGGAGAAACUGCCCUGCAUCCUGAUGAAUAACAUCCAACAGCUGAGGGUGCAGCUAGAGAAGAUGUUUGAAGCCAUGGGUGGUAAAGAGUUGGAUGCAGAAGCAAGUGACCAUCUCAAAGAGCUCCAGGUGAAGCUGAACAAUGUUUUGGAUGAGCUGAGUGCUGUGUUUGGUAACAGCUUUCAGACUCGCAUUGACGAGUGCAUCAAGCAAAUGUCUGAUAUUCUCUGCCAAGUGAAAGGGACUGGAAAUGUUGCUGCUAAUGCCAGAAACACAGUUGCACAAGAUGCAGAUAAUGUCCUGAGACCAUUGAUGGAUUUCCUGGAUGGAAACCUGACACUGUUUGCGACUGUGUGUGAAAAGACAGUGUUGAAAAGGGUGCUGAAAGAGCUCUGGAGGGUGGUAAUGAAUACCAUGGAGAAGUUGAUUGUGCUGCCUCCUCUUACAGACCAUACGGGCACACAGCUGAUUUUCAGUGCUGCUAAGGAACUCGGACACUUGUCAAAGUUGAAGGAUCAUAUGGUGAGAGAAGAAACUAAGAGUCUCACUCCAAAGCAGUGUGCUGUUUUGGAUCUGGCACUGGAUACAAUCAAACAAUAUUUCCAUGCUGGUGGGAACGGUCUGAAGAAAACCUUCUUGGAGAAGAGUCCGGACCUGCAGUCACUUCGAUAUGCUCUCUCUCUCUACACUCAGACCACAGACACUCUCAUCAAAACCUUUGUCCAGACUCAGACAGCUCAGGUGCAUGAUGGGAAAGGUAUUAGGUUUACCGCUAAUGAGGACGUUCUUCCUGAUAUGGGGUCUGGUGUGGAUGAUCCUGUGGGUGAAGUGUCCAUACAGAUUGACCUGUAUACCCACCCAGGAACUGGUGAACACAAGGUCACGGUGAAAGUUGUGGCAGCCAAUGACCUGAAGUGGCAAACGUCCAGCAUGUUCCGUCCAUUCGUUGAAAUCACCAUGAUUGGGCCCCAUCAGAGUGACAAGAAGAGGAAGUUCACAACCAAGUCAAAGAGCAACAACUGGGCUCCAAAAUACAAUGAAACCUUUCACUUCAUACUGGGGAAUGAAGACGGCCCUGAUGCCUACGAGCUCCAAGUCUGCGUGAAAGACUACUGCUUUGCUCGGGAGGACCGAGUACUGGGGAUAGCAGUGAUGCAGCUCAGAGACAUAGCAGACAAAGGAAGCUGUGCAUGCUGGUGCCCCCUCGGGCGCAGGAUUCACAUGGAUGAGACUGGACUUACAAUCCUGAGGAUCCUCUCUCAAAGAACCAAUGAUGAAGUUGCCAGAGAAUUUGUGAAGCUGAAAUCUGAGUCCCGCUCCACGGAGGAGGGCACCUGAGCUGUGUAAAGUUCCCUUUUCUCUUCUGCCUUGUGCCAAUAUGUGCAAGUGUUCAACAAUUCUCUUUUAUUAAUUAGAAAAAGUUUUUUCAUGUUGUCUUUGUCAGCUCCAAUAGCGCACGUGUGCUGUACAGGAAACAGGUCCAUCAAUCUGAUGUGAAUUAUUUGGUUUUUAGUAGCUGGUAAGACACCGUAGAGAAUGAGAUGAUCUCUUCUUGUUUAAGAUGCAAAUUCUGCUUUGUGUACAUAAGUUAUUUUAUAUUGUAGGCUCGGUAUGCUGGGUUUUGUUGAUAUGCAGCACUGUGAUUUUAUCCUCUGAAGUUGGCAGAUGUUAAAAAGGCUCUACAUAAUCACACUAUGAUACAAACACACAACUGUGUGGAAAUUGGGAGGAGAAGAAUGAUUUGGGGUUUUGGCAAAGCACAGUUGUCUGUCAUUGAAUUUGUGUGCUGUGGAGCUGCCAGGGGAUAUUCUGGCACAGAUUAUACCAGUGUGCCAAUGCGAUAUGCAGACACCUCAAUGUCUGCUUAAAAAAGAAGUUGCAAAUUGCUCUGAAGAUGCACACCGAAUGAAUGUAUGACCAUGGAUGUGCUGCUGUGAGCAUGGGUGAGACCAGUGGGACAAGUGCAGCAGGGCCUAAGAUCUCGUAGCCAAAAGCUGCAAACGAACGCACCAGGAGCAGACUGCAGCUGCCCUGCCAUUGUAAUUAGAUGGUGUGUCUCGGAGAAUAUAAAUCCCCAUGUGCUGCUGGGAAUCCUGCAUCACCACGGGGGUCCUGUAAGCUGCUGAACUCCGCAAGUCACACUUUGGCUACCGUGACAGACACGGUAAGGAAGGGAACAACAUUAGAGCCAUGACAAAUGACAUGGCUGCUACAUACUUGUUCCACUUCAAUAUUCUUUUGUUAGUUUUUUGACAUAGAAUUAGAUAACUUAAUACUUGCAGGCUUUCUGUAGCAUUUUGUUACCCUGUAGUAGCUGAGACCAUUCCUCACUAUGAACCCAGGAACGGUGGCUUGCUUGGGAGAGAGUGACACGUCUCCCCUCUGCAAGCACUCGGUCUGGAGUGCUGGUCAAGGGGCAGCAGGUCCAUUCCGUUCUGAUCUUGAAGUCGCUGUUGGCCGUGCUGCAGUUGAUCUAUGCUGAUUGUCAUUAAUCUGUGAUUUAACGAUACCAUUGAAAAUAUUUUUGCACUGUCUUAAAGAAGCAUCCUGGUUUUGUUUUAUUGCAAAACAAAACACUGUCCUGAGUAAAGUGAUUGCAGGGAGGUCAGAAUUUCUGACUGAAAAUUCAUAAGCAGGAAGGUCUGGAGUAGUGAUAGCACCUGAAGUAUGUUUAUUGGAGUCUGGGGAUUUUCGCUUUGGGGAUUUUUUUGCUAUUUCCAGCUGCCCUUGUACUCUGGAAAGUGCAGCUGGAAUAAGCCAGUCCUUGCCCAUAAAGUACUGUAAUACUGUCAAUAAAUUCAAGGACUGCAUAUUGAAUGACUUUUUUUUCUAUUUUCUCUGACACUUGUACAGCUGUAUGAUAUGACCCCUGUGUUUCAUGGGCCUGCUCGUAGAGUUUUGAGACAGCACAUCCGCUUUGUUCUUGUCCGUGGUGUAUUACGAUAAUGCUUUUCAAAACUCCAUGCUAUUUGUCAUGAUUUUGAAUCACUGUAUGUGCCAUUGUUAUGAGAACUGUUAGUAUGGUCUUUAAUAAACU